AUGAGCCGCAACAUCUCUGAGAAGCAGCUGAAAGAGCUGCGCGCGGCGUUUAACAUGUUUGAUUCGGAUGGAAGCGGGUCCAUUGAUCUUUCUGAGUUGCAGAAUGUGCUGCGUGCCAUGGGCCAGUUCCCGACUCCAGUUGAGCUAGCGCAGCUCAUGGAGCGCAUGGACGCGGAUGGCAACGGCACGGUCGACUUUACUGAAUUUUCCGAGGCGCUGGCUGGUCAGGCAGAGGACAAGGAGACUGAGCGCGAGCUGCAGGAUUUGCAGGAUGUGUUCUCACUGUUUGAUGCCGAUGGCUCUGGGCUGCUGUCAGCAGAUGAGCUGCAACGCGCUUUGCAUAUCCUUGGAGUGAGCAUGUCACGGGUUGAGGUGGAGCUGCUGAUCAAGGAAAUCGAUUCCAACGGUGACGGUGAGAUCAGCUGCAACGAGCUGCUGCAAUACGUGCUGUCAUUUGACGAGAGCGGCGAGGGGCCACACAGCGGCGAUGUGGAGCGGGGGCCUCGGCGAUAG